AUGUAUCUUAAUAAAGAUCGCGUGGAACUGACCUAUUAUAAGUAUAUUUCUAGUAACGGUGACCUUGAUGCCUCUUAUAAGCUUGCUUUGAUAUAUUUAAACGAUAAAACCAAUACUCAAAACAGUAAAGGUUUUACACUUCUACAUAAAGCAGCAGAGCAAGGCCAUUUAGAUGCACAAUAUUCUCUUGGGGUUCUUUAUUCUAUGGGAAAGGAAGUGCACAAAGAUUAUGGAUUGGCAUUCCAAUGGCUUAAAAGAGCAGCUGAUAAAGGGAGUGCUAAUGCACAAAAUGACUUAGGUUUAUUGUUUCAGGAUGGUUUAGGUGUUAAGAGAGAUAUUCAAGAAGCUUUAAUGUUGUUUGAAAAAUCAGCCAAGCAAGGCUGUAGCGCAGCCUUUCAAAAUAUUGGAAAAAUAUAUUUAGAAGGAAUUGGCGUACCUAAAAAUCUUGAUAAGGCUAUCCAAUAUUUCCAAAUAGGAGCAAGUUAUAAUAGGGUUAGUUGUAUUCAAGGAUUGGGGACAGCUUAUUACUUGAAAAAAGACUUCGCAAUGUCUCAUAGGUAUUUCAAGGAAGCGGCAGUCUUAGAACAUCAUUAUGCAAUGUAUUGGCUAGGAAAUUUAUAUCGAAAAGGUCAAGGAGUUAAGCAAGAUUUUAACGAGGCAAUCAAAUGGUAUAAGAAAGCUGCAGAGUAUAAUAAUGCUUUUGCUCAAUUUGCUUUAGGUCAGGCAUAUUUAACCGGUCAAGGAGUUAAGCAAGAUUAUAAUACAGCAUUAAGCUACUUCAAGCGUGCAGCAGAGAUGCAUAAUGUUUGCGCCUUAAAUAGCAUUAGUCAAAUGUAUGAAACCGGUGCUGGAGUUGUAAAAGAUACUCAAGAAGCAGAAAGAUGGUAUUCUGAGGCAGUAAAAGCUGGUUAUGAGAAGGUAUAUACUCCUCAAAUAUGCGAUGGAGAUAUAUUGGAUGUAAUAGAAAUUUAUUCAAAAAAUAAUGAGAAAAACUAG